AUGGCCUAAUGCAAAAAUGGAAAUGGUCAUAUCUACCGGUAGAGUGGCGGCGGACCAUGGAGGGCGUGAUUCUGCUUGUGGUUGUCCUGGUAACGCUGGUGGCUGCUCGUGUCUACUUCAUGGGCAACACACCCCCUGAGUUUGCCCCAUCAGACAACCCUGCCUCGGACGCGGACAGUUUUACUACCCGCACGCUGACAUAUGCACUCUUGCCGGCACUCAACAUGUGGAUAUUACUCUGCCCUAAUGUUCUCAGUUUUGAUUGGUCGAUGUCAUCCAUACCACUCGUUGAGAGCAUCUCAGACUUUAGGAAUACCUUCUCAUUUUUGUUUUAUUCAUUUUUAUUUUAUUUUGCUUAUUUGACGUUAUCAUAUAUACAUAGUCAAGUUAACGAGAAAACGAUGUUAAAUGGCAAUAGUCACUCAAGCCAUGUGAUAAACAGUUCACGACAUUCCAGCUUGAAGCACAAAUCAUUCCACACGGAGAGACAGACCUCUGUGCCAGGGGACACAACUGUCUCUUAUUCCAAAAGUCAUUUCACAGUGUUCACAGUGUCGUCUCAUACCAUUAAUGUGAUAAUAUUCUCUGCAGCUUUAAUGGUGUUACCCUUUAUCCCUGCCACAAACCUGUUCUUUUACGUCAGGUUUGUGAUUGCGGAGCGUGUCCUCUACAUUCCAAGCAUGGGCUUUUGUCUGCUUGUGGCUCACGGCCUCCACACAAUCUACAACCAUUUCCAUAGCAACAUGCUCAAACAGAAACUUCUUGCCAUUGCAACUGUAUUCUUAAUUCUGAUGUACUCAGGCAAGACAGUCCGGCGAAAUGUUGACUGGAGGACAGAGGAGAUGCUGUAUACAUCGGGAAUCGCAGUUAACCCUCCAAAAGCAUGGGGCAACCUUGCCAAUAUAUUCAACAACCAGGGUCGUGUAGACGAUGCCGAGACUGCGUACAGGAAUGCUCUCAAGUACCGGCCUAACAUGUCCGACACCCACUAUAACCUGGGUAUCUUGCUGCAGAACAAGAAGCUUUACCAGGACGCCAUCGAGAGUUACCAGAAGGCCAUCAGCUUCAGACCAAACCUCUCCAUGGCUCAUCUGAAUCUGGGCAUUCUGCUGGCACAGUUGGGGGAUGGCAAACAGGCUGAACAGGUGUACCGCCACUGUGCAGACCUAGACACCUCUAAACUCAAAGACCCGCGGCUCCAUGAGAGCACGAAGAUCUCGUGUCUAUACAACCUGGGGCGUCUUUACAGUGACCAGAAACGAUACCAGGAGUCCAUAUCUGUGUUUGAGGAGGCCUUGCGAAGACGCCCAGACCACUACGCUCCCCAGUCCCUGUAUAACCUCUAUGGAGAGACAUUCUCCAGCCUGGGGAAUCAUGAGGAAGCAGAGCGCUACUAUCGCAAGGCCCUGGCUGCCAAACCUGACCACAUCCCUGCCCAUCUCACCAUGGCAAAACUCAUGCACAAACUGGGUAGACUGGAUGAUGCGGAGAGCUGGUUUGCCAAGGCACGCACUGUAGAUCCCAGCGACAGCUCAGUUCAACAACACUAUGCUCUGUACCUUGGGGAGACUGGCCGGCUAACGGAGUCUGCAGCCGUGUACCGGAAAGUGCUGGAACGGGAUCCAGACAACUUCGAGAUGGUUUUUAAUGCCGCCAACAUCCUCCGACAGAUUGAUAAAAGCAGCGAGGCAGAGAAACUCUUUCAUCGAGCUACACAGCUCAGGCGAAAUGAUGCAACUGCCCAUAUGAAUUUGGGAGCAAUGUACCACAUCAACGGGAAACUGUCCGAGGCAGAGAGGUCAUACACACGAGCCCUUGAGCUGAAACCUGGGGACAAGGUGACCCAGGAUAACCUUGUCAAACUACGGAACCUCAGGAAGUCACAGCAAAAAACAUGAACUGGAAAUUGAUAUGAUAAUUAUCUGGAAAUUCUAAUGUUGAUUUAUCUGUCAAUGCAAACAAUUACCUAGACGUGAAGAAACAGUCUUGCUUAGCUAUCUUCAAUAACACUGGCUUAGUUAUCAAAAGAUUGGCCUGGCUGUCAGGUAAAACUUCGGACUAGCUUUUAUUAGAAUGGCCUUGCUGCAAGGAAAAAUUGGCCAAGCUGUUGACAGACCUAGAAUGCCUCAACUUACUUAACUUACCGAGAGGACAAGGGUCACUGACCUAGAAAUGUUUACCUUGCUGAGAAACUGCAAGUGAGCUAGCCAUUGGAAUGUUGUGGCAUCACUUAUUUAGAUUAGACUUGUUGCAGACAAGCAUGUAAAACAUGGCCGACUUUCAGAUAUGAUAAUUUUGUUGUGUGAUGAUACAAUACUCAGGACUGUGAUGUCCCGUUUAUCAAGGCCAAAAAUGCUUUUAAAACAGUCAUAUUGUUGUGUAAUGCACACAUAUAAUGCUUCAAUAAUUUUAAUUUGCAAACUGUAAGAUUGUCUUUCAAAACCAAAGAAAUCAUUCAUGACUUCAUAGAUUUGUAACUAUACAAUCAUAACAUAAUAGUAUAAGCUAAAAUAAAAACAAUUUGUAAUUAAACCCCAGAUAAAUAUAUUUGGGGGCUAUAUUUGAGGUGCGUAUGUCCUGUCUCAACAUCUUCAGUCAAUAUUGUGUUGUGUGUAGCUCCAAAAGUUGCUCCCAUAAUUUGAUAAAGACAUCAAAAUUCAUUACAAUGUUUGUCAGCAUAGGAAACUGUGCACUUGCAUUUCCUGCGUCAUUUCACUUUGUAUAACAAAGAGUUAUGGCCCUUUAAUUAGUAAAAAUUGGUUGGAAUAAUCGUAUCACAUUUAGAUCAAGAAGUGUUUCACCUACACAUAUGACACUGUAGGAUUGUUGGAUAUUGUGCACCUGAAAUUUGUGUCGCACAUCAAUCUGCCUUACAAGAGUUAUGGCCAUUGACACAUUUAAAAUUGAAAGAUCUUGUGUUGCGUAUUGCUCCAAAAGUAUUCCACCUACUCACAUGAAACUUGGGAAAGUUGGUCCACAUGGGAAAUAGUGUACCUGAUAUUCAUGUGACAUUCCACUGUGUAUAACAUAUUAUUUAAUUGCGUUUGACUUAGUAAAAAUGGUAUGAAAUAUAUAUAAGGCAAGAGCAGAAAAUUUUGAUCAGUUUAAUAAUGUACAUGCUCAUGUUGUUAGUUCCAAAACACAAUGUUUAACCAUUCCUGUGUCCAGGUGGCAUCACGGGGCAUUCAUCACCUCUGUGAUAGCUCUAGUUGAAUUUAUCUAAACCAAAAGCCUAUCUGUAUGACUGUCUUUAAAUGCGGUGAAGGAGGAGUUUUGUUGAUCUCAAAUUAUAAUGAGUGUGGGAGAUAUUUGGGAAUUUAAUAUUUGUUUGGCUGUUGAAGUUCGAUAUUUGCUAUCAUAGAAUAUCAUGUAAAAAGUUAUAUUUCUGUGAAAUAUGCUUAGCAAUGAAGCAAUAUUUUUUGUUUGCAUUGAGCUGACAUGAUUGCAUGUGUUUUACACUUACAUGUAAAUAAAUCAUUCCAAAACUUGCUCAUAUUUAAGGCUGACAUUCCCCGACAUUUUGUAUUUGUUUUAUAUAAAUGUUGCAUAAUAUUAUUAUAUGCUUAAACUAUAAACAGUUUUCAUGGCAUAUGGUCAUUAUCUUUAUUGUUAUAGUAUACACGUUACAUAUAUAAUUUUACAUUUGUUAUUUGAUGUAGACUUAAUUCAAUUCAGUUAAAAAGUUUUUUGUUUGGAUAGUUUCAAUAUUUAUAAAGCAAUACAUUGUCCUAUAUUAUUUUUGUAUC